UCCAGAACCUACUACAGAGGCUGAGCAUUCCAUGGCCCUGCAGCAGACUCUCUCUUCCAGAGGACCCCAAGGUGACACGUUCACAUCCAGAGCACGUUCAGGCUCAGCAACCAAAUUUGACUGAAGUCACAGUUCAACCUUUAGACCUGGAGCUUACCAUAACUCCAGAACCCACUAUAGAGGUUGAACAUUCUACAGCCCUGAAGAAAACUGUAGCUCCUCCAAAGGACCUCGAAGUGACAUUGGCACACCUAGAGCAGGUUCAGACUCAGCAUCCAACUUUGGCUGAAGUCACAGUUCAACCUUUGGACCUGGGGCUUACCAUAACUCCAGAAUUUACUAAGGAGACUGAACUUUCUCUACCUACGCAGGGGACCCCAAUUCAGGCUCCAGAGCCACCUAAAGAGGUUGUUGUAGCUCAAUCUCCAGUAUAUCAGGAGGAGAUUGUUCAGACACCAGGUCAAGAUCAAGCUCAGCAUCCAUCAUCACCCAAUGUAACAGUUCAACCUUUGGACCUGGAGCUUACUGUAAGUCCAGAACCCACUACAGAAGUUGAACAUUUUACAACCCUAAAAAAGACUACAUCUCCUCCAAAAGACCUUGAGGUGACACUUGCACAUUCAGAGCAGGUUCAGUCUCACCAUCCAACCUUAAAUAAAGUCACAGUUAAACCUUUGGACCUGGAACUUACCAUAAGUCCAGAAUCUACUACUGAGGUUGAACCUUCUCCAGCCAUGCACGAGACCCCACAUCAGUAUCCAGAGCCGCCUAAGGAACUUGUAUCUCAACCUCCCGUAUAUCAGGAGGCAGCAGUUCCAACACCACGUCAGGAUCAAGCUCAGCAUCGGUGGUCACCAAAUGUGACAGUUCAACCUUUGGACCUGGAGCUUACCAUAACUCCAGAAUCUACUACAGAGGUUAAACAGUCUAAACCCUGCAGCAGACUAGAACUCCUCCAAAGGACCUUGAGGUGA